CCUAUCCUUGGACUUGCAGCACUCCGCUCUGAGACAUUGUUAAUCCGUUUCGCUCCAAAAUUAUCCAUUCCGCGGGUUUCAUCCAUUCGUUUUCGUUUCAAUUUGUUGUAAUGAUUUUGUUGAGCUGAAAAUGUCGGACAAUUUUCUUGUAUUCCCUUGCAAAGUGCUGUUCUGGAUUUUGAGCAAAUACCCUGAGGUAUGAGUCCUAUAUUUGCAGGGCUAGGUUUGUUUCAUACCGUCUCCCAGAUUCAGAGUUAUGUGUGACAGGGGAGGGGUUACAUGUGUAAAUAUUCAGAGUAAAGCCAUACCCAGUAAAACUAAGUGUUUGCAAUGAGUAGUUCUACAAGGCCUUUUGCUGUUGGUGACAGUAAAAGUAGAGAUAGAGCUGUGUGUGGUGAUCAAAAGCAUGGGGAUAGCCUUGGUCAUGAAAUCUGGCAACUCACAAGGGUUUGCUCCAGCCCCCAUAGAUGGCUGUGUGGGGCCAGACCGGGCAAGGUGAGUUUACCUGUUUCCCCAGUGAAAAUGUUAGGAGGCAGGGAAGUCAACUAUAAUGGAAGAGGGAGAUUCACUUCCUCAGAUUGCUGUCACAUUUUGAGCCGAUAUUUGCCCGUUUAUGGCCCUUCAUUAGUUGAUAGAAUGACAAGUUGUGCCUAUGUGUCACAAUUCUCCGCAGAUGGUUCUCUAUUUGUUGCCGGUUUCCAGGAAAGCCAUAUUAGAAUUUAUAAUGUUGAUUGUGGGUGGAAAAUUCAGAAUGACAUUCAUGCCAGAAGUUUGCGGUGGACAAUAACCGAUACAUCACUUUCACCCGAUCAACGUUUUCUUGUUUAUUCUAGUAUCUCACCUGUUGUACAUAUUGUUGAUGUUGGAUCUGGUGCAAAAGAGUCUGUUGCAAAUGUUACGGAAAUUCAUGAAGGUCUAGAGUUUUCGUCAGAUGUUGAUGACUAUGAUGAUUAUUCCUUUGGAAUCUUUUCUGUAAAAUUUUCAACUGAUGGGCGAGAACUUGUAGCUGGUAGCAGUGAUGAUUCAAUAUAUGUCUAUGAUCUUGAAACAAAGAAACUAAGCCUUCGUAUCAAUGCUCAUCAGUCUGAUGUUAAUGCUGUAUGCUUUGCUGAUGAAACUGGCCAUCUUAUAUUCUCUGGGAGUGAUGAUAACUUGUGUAAGGUUUGGGACAGACGCUGCUUUGCGUCCGAACAGAAAGCAGCUGGUGUCCUCAUAGGCCAUCUUGAAGGCAUCACAUUUGUUGACACUCGAGGAGAUGGCCGUUACCUUAUAUCAAAUGGAAAAGAUCAGGCAAUGAAACUCUGGGAUAUCAGAAAAAUGUCUUCAAAUGUGAAUUACACCCCCAGGCCUCGAAAAUACGAUUGGGAUUAUAGAUGGAUGGACUACCCUGAGCAUGCACGAAACAAGAGACAUCCACACGACCUGUCAGUCUCUACAUACAGAGGGCAUUCAGUAUUGCGCACACUGAUACGUUGUUACUUUUCUCCUGCAUAUAGCACGGGACAGAAGUACGUCUACACUGGAUCAACCGACUCUUCUGUUUAUAUUUAUGACCUGGUGAGUGGUGCUCUAGUCGCAAAGCUAGACUAUCAUGAGGCUCCUGUAAGAGACUGCAAUUGGCAUCCUUUUCUGCCCAUGUUAACCAGCUCAUCAUGGGAUGGUGUCAUUGUGAACUGGGAAUUUCCUGGUUCUAGUGAAAGCCUCCACCCCUAGUGCGUCGACAUACGAUAUGGUAAGCAACAACCGAACUUGCACGCCUCUCAUAGACGACAACUAAAUGCUUCCAAUAUAUAUGUAUGUGUGUGUAUGUGAUACACACACACACACACACAUCAUUUCCCUGCGUGUAAUAAUAGUUAAAAUGUAAUCCGAGCGUGGAGUUGUGGUCAUUCCGAAAACAUGCUUCAAACGUUAUAGGGUGUCAUUUGUGACAAGCCUGAAAUACUUUUCCAGCAGCUGUGUACUUGUAGUCUUGUACCGAGGUUUAUAGUUGGAUUUUCUUGUACAUGAAAAUACCAUAGAUGGGUGGAGAUAUUCUACAUAAUAAAAAUGAAAGUGUUUU